CAAGAUUUGACCCUGGAACCAGCCCAACAAUGCGCCAUUAGCCGUCUGCCCCGUAAAUCAAACUGGUCGCUCACAAUGGGAAAUCAAUCAAUUGACAGCGACAUCGCCAUCGCCAUCGACAUCGACCCGUUCGGCGGACUAGAAUUAGCCAAGAAUUAUAAUUUAGCUGGCAAUCAAAUAUGUUGUCAUCUCCGGAUCGUGACCACGUUCCCCCAGCCUGGGCUUCUUCCGCUUGCCCAACGCGUCUCGCGUGCAUUCACCUCCAAUGCGCAGGGCAUAAAUAUUAAACGAUGUGGAUACGAAAACAAUCGCGGGGAGCAGGAGACAAUGGGGGUGCCACCCACUUUUGGCCAGAGAUGGCGAGACGUCGCGACGUCGAUUGGGAAAAUGUUUUCCAUGCUUCAUUCAACAAUGUUGCCUCCGGCGUUGCUUCAUUCAUGACUUGGGAACUCGGAGCGGAGCAGCCAUCGAAAGCCACAGCCAUAGCAGACUGCAAUUGCGAUUGGCAAUUGCCACUGCGGUCAAGGUCGUCCUUCAUUGUGCAGGCACGGCACUGGGUACCGGGCAGUGGGUACUGGGUAGCAAGUACCCCGGCAGACGGAAGUGGUCGAGAAUAAUGGAACGCGGAGUCUGUACGGCUGGAAAACCAAGUCAAUUCAAAUGGUUAUCAUAAUGCCUUAAAGCGGUAGCAUGCCUCUUUCAAUGAACCUAGUUUACGCCCAUUAAAACUAAUGACGGAAAACUCAUCGAGCAGGCCACCGACCCUUGGCCCAAUAUACCCCUUAAUCCAGGGAACUGCGACAAAGUCGUGCACUUUGGAUAUUCUUUCGAUAAGAGUUUGCAUUGGAAAUGAUCUGGCAGAGAUCUCAGCUGGCUGGCAGCUUAAUUAAAAUGCUAAAAUGCUGCCAAACGUGCAGUUGUUCAUAAUUUGUAUAUAAUGCUGCCUGAAUGCCGCAUGAGCGAUUCCCACGGGGCUAGUGGCAUCCCAGCAGCUGUGGCCAGCUUCUGGGCGAGCUUAGGUAAUAGGUAAUAAGUAAUAGGUAAUAGUGUCCAUUCCGGGCGCUGCAGGCCAUCCGAUCUGGCAGUGAAAGUGUUAUACGAUACUAUAUGCCUACCAUGGUGAUUGUGGAACGCGUCGAGGGUCUCGUGUUGCACGUAGCACGUUGCUUGUGGAACGCGUUGCUGCCUCACUUCGGUUGCCCAACGUGCAGCCUGGGAUCUUAGAACUUCGACCGCGAUGGCAAUUAUAACAGAUAUCGUUAGUUGCCACGCCCACUCCACUUCACUCUCCCUCUGCUGCAGUCCUCCUCCGCCGGAUGAGCGGAUGGAUGACCUUUUGGCUUCGCAGCAUAAACAAUAUUCGGUUUCAAGUCCUCAACCCGUCAUGCAUUCAAUUCAGCUGCAACAAUCGCUGCUGCUGCCGUUGUUGUUGUCAGUUUGCAUAAUUGCAACUGUAGCAGCAACAAGCAACAAUAAGCCAAGUCGGAUGACUAUAAAAGCGCCGGGCCACUGGCAGCCAUCAACAAACCUCGCCUGGCGUCCAACCCAUCAAGUCAACCAGCCAUCAGCAACAUCAGCAACAUUAGCAGCAGCAACAUGAAGUUCUUGUGCGUGUUCGUCAUCCUGGCCAUUUGCCUCAUGAGCAGCUGGGCAGCAGUUUCGGAGCCCGCUCCUGAAGCCCUGGAGGCAGCCGACCCAUCCGCCGUGGAUGAGAAGAAGACAGAGAAGCGAGGCAUCUACGGGUUCGGUCACGGCUACGGCGGCUACGCUGGAUACGGGGGAUAUGGUGGCUAUGGACAUGGCCACUACGGCGGCUACGGCGGACUGAGCAGUCCCUACUACGGCGGCUACGGCUACGUCCAUGCGGCGCCCUACUACGGCGGACACCACGGCUACUAUCCGUACCACCAUGGCCACUACGGCUUCUACUAGGACCACCACCUAUCCAUACUGUUUUUUUUUUGUCUCGAUCGCUUCAUACUCAUCACUGCACCUUCAUUCGUAUAUAUGUGUAUGUAUGUAUGUACUGGUUUUCCCCAAUCAUUUACCGCAAUAUAAAUGUACUGCAAAUAGCUAAUACAA